AUGGGAAAUGUAAGCAGCAGGCCAGAUGAACUGGGGACGCUUUAUCUCAAAGACCAAACAAGGCUCGCCAUUGCGUCUGUCAUAAUCAGCAACUCUCGUGGAAAUGUUCUCCUGACUAUCACAACGAAUUCAUUCCCCUCGACGAAGGUUAUUCCUAAAAGGGACUCGGGGGACGAUCGACCCAUUGAAUACAUCCAGGACCCCGAGUCACCAUCUACUGGAUUGCCCUCCUUUCUUCUAAAACUGUAUAAUGAUGACGAGUUGAAUUUUUGCUUCACCUUUUACGUUCGGCAGGGACAGGCGAGGCAGCUUGCGCCUUCGACAACCAACGGUGUGGCGACUUGUCUACCCGAGACCAUCGAUACGGUUCUUACCGGCCUUACAUUCGCCCACGCAUCAAAUUCAAGAGAUCUGGAUAACCUAGUCACCCGGGAAUUCCACGCCAACCCCAAUUUACAGAAUAACUCCAACGUCAAACACGUGGGGAAUUUUUCGACCUCAGGGGAUCCGUCAAUUCAAUUUGACUGGUCAUGGAAAUGGAAGCCUCCCAGACAAGCAGAGGAUAGAGGUGGCGGUUGGCGCAACUGCUGUAGUUUCCUUGACUACGAUCAAAGAACAAACCGGCUCAACACGCUUGCAACAUUUUCUUUCUGGGUCCAAAACGUACCUAGACCUUCGUCUAGUCCUCAGAUUCCUUCUCCUGGAUUCGACCUGACUGUACCUCCUCGCUAUCGCGUGGCUUCCUCCCAGUCCGUACACUCCCGAAUGAGCGACACCGAAGCUAUUGGUGAUCUCCAGCAUCCUCCAACCCCUCCUGAGAUUGGGGAUAAGCUACCAUCCCAACCUCCUAUCCAACCGCAGAGCUCUGUUAAGUUGGACGUAACAUGCCAGCGGCCAGGGGAGGACAUGAGUGCAGUUGAAGAUGGGCCGCUGUUUCGUGCUACAAUGAAGGCUUUGGAACAAAAAACAGGUAAUAUGCGGGCCAAGAUGAAGAAGGUUUUGAAAAGGGCCGAGGCUGCGUAUCAAGCCCAAAUCGCGUGUAAUGAUUCUGUUAGUGCGUUUAUCACAGCGCUCAAUGAUGCAUCUCCGUCUAAUUCCAAUGCUAUUCAACCUGCAUUGGAGCAUUACUUUGACCGAAUCGCUCGAGAAAUUCUGAAUUACGAACAACAGAAUACGAUACACCUCCAGAAACUCAUCAUUGAUCCGCUCUCCAAGUUAUACAACCAUGACAUCAAGCAAGCGGAAUCAAAGAAGAAGGAUUUCGAAGAAGAAAGUAGGGAUUACUAUGCUUACGUGGGACGGUACCUGGGUCAGAGGCAAGAUUCUUUGAAAGAGAAAAAACGGGCAGAAAGCGACUCGAAAUACCAAACGAAACGAAGGAAUUUUGAGUUGAAACGUUUCGACUAUUCAUCAUUCAUGCAGGACCUUCAUGGUGGACGGAAGGAACAGGAAGUGCUAUCUCACCUGACAAAGUAUGCUGAUACACAAGCAAAGAACUAUCUGGCUGCAGCGAAGAGGAUUGAGGAGAUGGUCCCUCAGCUCCAGGCGCUUAUAGAUGAGGUAUCCGAAGCCGAUAAAGAAUUUCAGUUUCAGCGCACGGAGAGGGAAGAGAAGCGAAGAGCCUUGGAAACGAGUACAAAGAAGUACAUUGAACCGGGAUCGGUACCAGCCUCUGGCGCUCCUGCUGUGGGACAGGGAAUCUCCAAUCUUUCUCAUCAAUCCGACUCUGAACUUGGACGUGCAGAUAGUACAGGUUCACAACUGAAAACAGUUGUUAGUGGCAAUUCGGGACUUUCUUCGUCACUGAAUCCUCCUGUUCUCAUUGAAACGCCCGUCGGAUCUUCAUCUACACCAGCAGGAUCAAAUAGAUUCAAAGGUAUUCGGGACCUAGAGACUCGUGACUUGUCCGGUUCGAUUCCCGAUAUGCAGGAAUUUCAACAUCGAAAGGAGGGUCUUUUAUGGGCUUUAUCACGCCCCGGCUCUCACAUAGACCCAAAGGGGAUAAACAAACAAGCCUGGCAUAAGUUUUGGAUAGUCCUUGACCAAGGAAAACUUUCAGAGUACAGCAAUUGGAAGCAAAAACUGGACUUACACAUGGACCCAAUCGAUUUACGGAUGGCGUCUGUCCGAGAAGCCCGCAAUGCUGAAAGGCGCUUUUGUUUCGAGGUCAUAACUCCCCAGUAUAAGAGGAUAUAUCAAGCGACGUCAGAAGAAGACAUGAAUGCCUGGAUUGUCGCUAUAAACAAUGCGUUGCAAAGCGCUGUGGAGGGCAGAGGUCUUCCACCUGCUGCCCUUCAACAACCGAUAACGGAUGGUGCCAUUCGCCGUGGUAUUGGCUCCGUUCUAACGGGGAAGACCUCCCACUCCGCUCAACAUACAUAUUCCAAUCCUUCCUCUUCCGGUGUUAAUCGCCGCACGACAGUUGGCGCUCGACCCAGCUACGUUCGGAGCGAUAGCAAUAGUUAUGAAGAGAAUCCGUCGAAGCUUUUACAAACAAUCCGUGAUGCUGACCAAGGGAAUUGCUGGUGUGCGGAUUGCGGAUCUCUGUCUAAAGUGGAAUGGGUGUCAAUCAAUCUUGGCAUCGUUCUGUGUAUUGAGUGCAGCGGGAUUCAUCGGUCAUUGGGCACCCAUAUUUCAAAAAUUCGCUCCCUCACUCUUGACAUUCAUUCAUUUUCUAACGACAUCGUCGAGAUACUCCUACAAGUUGGAAAUCGGGUUAGCAAUAUGAUUUGGGAGUCUCGGCUAGACCCACCACUCAAGCCCACUGCUCAAUCGACUAGAGAACAACGACUGAAGUUCAUCACAGCAAAAUAUAGCGACAGAGCAUACGUACAGCCUUUUUUAGCCACCCUCUCCCGCUACUCUACAGCUGAAGAGACUCUUCUGGCAUCUAUCAAAAGGAAUGACAUUCAAGGUGUAUUGUAUGGGAUCGCUCUUCGCGCCAAUCUCAAUAUAAGAGACCGGUCUCGGAAUACCCACCCGGUGUUCCUGGCUCUUGCGGCUGCCGACCCCGCAGCUCCCAGUUCAUUAGGACAAACAACGGUUGUGGACGGCAGGUCUACUACCGUACCUCCUUCAGCUCAUGUACCAUUCCCAAUUGCGGAAUUGCUUGUACAAAAUGGGGCAGAGAUUCCAUAUGAAAUGCCAACCAUUCCUCUAUCACCCGCAGCCCAACUGUAUGUAAACCAACGGACAGCUAAGUCAAGGGGAGGUUUUACCGUCCAAUCAAGACCGCUUGCUUCAUCAGUGGGGAAUCCGGGAACUGACACCGUCAGCGCCCUGCCCCUGAUUCACAGUGGCAAUCCCUCGUCCAAUGGCGAGAACAUAUCAACGUCAAUACCUGGCUCUCGUCCGCUUUCAGGGCUGGACAACAAGGAGAAGGAGAGGCUGCGGAAGCGGGGCAGCGCUGGAGCUCGAUUUGCGGGAAAGGUGGCUGCAUUGGGGUCAGACCGAUAG